AUGGACGCUGAAAUCAUUCAACGUUGGUCCGAUCUAUCGGAGAUAUUAGUAGUGUUUGGUGAUGUUACAAGCGUAUUCAGUGAAUUAAAGGAUGAUAAUGUGUUCAAUAAAAAUUCCGAGUCAAUAAACGACGAAAGCGUGAACGAAGCAUUAAGAUUAAAUUCAUUAGCGACUCAAGCUCACAAGAAUGCGAAGUUCUCCAAUGCUAUUCUAUUAUUUACCGAAGCGAUCGCGUUACUGAAUGUUUCAGCACAUGAUCCAUGUGCAGCUUUAAAUAAAUAUGAGAAAGCUAUCACUUCGUAUGAGUGUGCUUUAGCUCCUGAUCCAAUAAACACUCAAAUACAAAAAACAUUGUUUGAGAGUCAACUUGUACACGGUCGACAACUACGACAAGAGCAUCUGGACCCGAGAUUUCAACCAAAAACAAUGCCUGAGAAUUCAAAUGAAAUGCGAGAACAAUUUGGCGCAGAUCCUACCCGAUUGGCUGAUCCAGGUUUAGAUGUAAAAAAAGAUCAUAAGGCAGCUUUUAAACUAUAUGAACAAGCUGCUGACCAGUCAUCACAUAGCUCUCUAUCUUCAUUUUUACCAAAUCUUGGUGUAGCUGAGUCUGAGCACACUUUGAGACUCAAGUGUGCCGAACGUGCUGUUGUUCACAAACAUCUAAAACUUUAUCUCCAAGUGUACUUAAUACUCUAA